AUCAGAGAAGAAGUCGACCUUCCUGUCGCGUCGGUGGCCAAGGACGUCUUGCGAUGGAUCGAUGAAGAUCAAAAGCGUGGUGGAGACGAAGCGUGGUGUAUGAACUUGUGGUCCACAGACCCGGUCUCCGGUGCUGUCAAGCCUCUUGGGGAACGUAUUGACUGGAAAAAGUGA